UCAGUUUAAUUAUUCUUGAAGAACUCAAUAAACUGUGCGAUGGAAACUUUAACUUUUGUACUUCUCGCAAUUGUCAUUGCUGUUGAUGCAAGAAAGGUUUGCGUUCCUGUGCCGGAUUCUGACCCAUGCGCUUCAUUAAGAGCAGCUGCAAUGCCAAUAUGGCAAGAGGCUGCUCAAAUGCUGAAAAAUCUCAAUACUGAAUGCUCUAAUGUACUAAACUCUUUGUCAUUUGCAAACGAAAUGGAAUUUGAUGCAUUUAAUGCCGAAUUUUAUACUACAGGCCAUUGCAUGACUACUCAUCUUUCAGCCUCGGAAGGUCUGAUUAAUUCUAUUGCAAGUAUCGCCGGAAUAUAUCAUGAUGUUUAUUACGGGUUAGUCUACGGAUUCUCUGAAAGAGAAGGCGAUGCACUUUGUCUUGCUGAAGGUGAUGCAAGUAUAAUCAACGCGUUCAGCGAUGUUUUAAACGGAUGGGUCAACAUUAUUCAAUCAAAACGUCCAACCUAAAUAGAUGAAAUUGAUUCAUCCCAAUGAACUGUAGAAUGACUUCAGUUUAUUUAAUAAAGUGAAAAUGCUACAAAACUAAAAAAUUCUUAUAGGUAAUUGACUUUUU